GCAGUCUCCUAUAAAGGUGGUGCCUUCACCCUCAGCCUGAGGGUGGGAGAAUCUGGAGCCUCCCCAUCCUUCUUGCGGUCCUGGCGCCAGAAACUGCUCUUCUCAGUUUAGCAGCUCACAGCCACAGCUGCUUUGAAGAUCCUGACUCUAACUGUAUUUUCUGUGUCAGAACUCCCAAUGUCCACCUCGGCCAUGGAGCUGCUCCUAACUGCCACCAUCUUCUGUUUGGUACUCUGGGUGGUCAGAAUCUUUAGACCCCAAGUUCCUAAAGGCCUGAAGAGCCCUCCGGGGCCCUGGGGGUGGCCACUGAUCGGGCACAUGCUGACCCUGGGCAAGAACCCGCACCUGGCGCUGACCAGGCUGAGUGCGCGCUAUGGGGAUGUGCUGCAGAUCCGCAUUGGCUCCACGCCCGUGGUGGUGCUGAGCGGCCUGGACACCAUUCGCCAGGCCUUGGUGAGGCAGGGAGAUGACUUCAAGGGCCGGCCCGACCUCUACAGCUUCACUUUCAUCUCUGAUGGCCAGAGCAUGACUUUCAACCCAGAUUCGGGUCCCGUGUGGGCUGCCCGCAGGCGCUUGGCGCAGAGUGCCCUGAAGAGUUUCUCAGUGGCCUCAGACCCAGCUUCUGUGUCCUCCUGCUACUUGGAGGAACAUGUGAAGAAGGAGGCUGAGUACCUUAUCAAAAAGUUCCAGGAGCUCAUGGCAGGACCUGGGCAUUUUGACCCCUACAGAUAUGUGGUGGUCUCAGUGGCCAAUGUCAUCUCUGCCAUAUGCUUUGGGCAGCGCUACAGUCAUGACGACCAACAGCUGCUUGAGUUAAUUGACCUGAAUAAUGAGUUUGGGGAGGUGACUGGCUCUGGAAACCCAAGUGACUUCAUCCCCAUCCUCCGAUACCUGCCCAGUGCUACCAUGGACACCUUCAAGGACCUGAAUAGGAGGUUCUCUGUGUUCAUACAGAAGAUGAUCAAGGAACAUUACAAAACAUUUGAGAAGGGUCACAUCCGGGACAUCACAGACAGCUUGAUAGAGCACUGUCAGGACAGAAAGCUGGACAAGAACGCCAAUAUUCAGAUUUCAGACCAAAAGAUCAUUGGCAUUGUCCUGGACCUCUUUGGAGCUGGUUUUGACACAAUCACAACUGCCAUCUCCUGGAGCCUUCUAUACCUGGUGAUGAACCCAAGGAUACAGAAAAAGAUCCAGGAGGAGCUGGACACUGUGAUUGGCAGAGAGCGGCAGCCCCAGCUGGCAGACCGACCCAAGCUGCCCUACAUGGAAGCCUUCAUCUCGGAGGUCUUCCGAUACUCCUCCUUCAUGCCCUUCACCAUUCCGCACAGCACCACAAAGGACACAAGUCUGAAUGGCUUUUAUAUCCCCAAGGGGUGCUGCAUUUUUGUGAACCAGUGGCAGAUUAACCAUGACCAGAAGCUGUGGGGGGACCCAUCUGUAUUCCGGCCUGAACGCUUUCUCUCCCCGGAUGGCACUGUGGACAAAGCCCUGAGUGAGAAAGUGACUAUCUUUGGCUUGGGCAAGCGCCGAUGCCUUGGGGAGGUCAUUGGCCGCUGGGAGGUCUUCCUCUUCCUGGCCAUCCUCCUGCAGCAACUGGAAUUCAGCACAUCCCCAGGGGUGAAGAUAGACAUGACCCCCAUCUAUGGUCUGACUAUGAAGUAUUCUCGAUGUGAGCACUUCCAGGCACAGACACGUCCUUUUGUCCUGAAGUGUCCUGAAGCCUAGAUCUGUCUACCUGGUCUGUAACAGGAUAAGACCUGGGCAUUGGCCCAGGCCUCUGAACUUCAGCCUGAAACUCAUAGACUCUUGGGAAAUCACACCAACUUCCUAACCCAACUUGCAGAGUACUGCAUACUGAAUCCAGGUAGUGGGGUCAGUGCGAGGACACAGGUGCCUAUGGGGCUUCCACAGAGGAGCCUGAGCUGGAAGCCUUGCAGGGUUAGGUCUUUCAGCCUCUGGGAACCUUUGAGAAACUGUGCAAGUCUCUGGACCUAUCCAGGCUGAAGAAACAGAACAGGUUGUUCCAGGGCCUGUCUGAUCCCUGUGGGAGCUUCCUGGAGUAAGGGAAGAGCCAAUCCAGGAGACUGGCACAGAGGUGGCAUCACUAUUUGCUCAAGGCUGAGAGAUACGCUCCUGUGGGGUGGUGAUUCCAUGCCUAAGGGAUGACAUUCAUCUGCCCUACCUCCAGGCAAUAACAAACCAAUCUGCCUCCUAACCUGUCGGGGGUGGGGGUGGGGGCUGGGACUGUAUUUAAAAGGAACUGUGACUCUAAGACCAAGGACCAGAGCCAACGAAUAAAGUAGUAUUUCAGUUACCUUUUAUUAGUAUCCCUUAUCUACACCCCAUAUACUUUUUUUUGGUAUGUGUUACUAGGGAUUAAACUCAGGCCUUUUACCCAGAGCUAUAGCCCUGGCUUCUUUAAUUUUUUAUGUUUUGAGAUAGAGUCUUGCUAAGUCUCUGUGUUGCCUAGGCUUGGCUCAAACUUGUGAUUCUACUGCCUGUGUCUCCCAAAGUGCUGAUAUUACAUACAUGUAUCACUGCUCCUGGCUUAAAAUACCCAUUUUUAUGUUUGUACAUUUUUUUUAUUCUAAUCUAAGCUGUGGUUGUUUGCAUUUAUUAUUUAUCAGCUUAAGAAUCAUCUAAUGUAGAAUAAUUUAACCCAUAAAUAUGCCCAUAAAUGUAUAGGAAUUAUUUACCUGAGCUAAAUAAAAAUGUUACCCAGUA